GUGAGGCACCCGUUAGCUAACACUGUCGCUUGACACACGAACGAUGCGACCGCGUUAACGAACGAUCAUGACAAACGACCAUCUAUUGCCGUUGUUUAACUGUUAAAUUGUGUAUCGGAUGCAGUGCAGAGGAUUUAAAGUGAAAAAAAUCGUAUAGAAAUAAGAGAGGAUUGUCGUUUUGCCGUGCCUUGCAACGGACAUGCCUAAGUUUCGACGUCUGGCGAGUGUGAAGAAAAAGAAAACCCUUUCGCCGGCUGCGACUGCGACUUCGAGUCAGUCGCACAGUUACAUUUACUUGAUGCGAUAACGUUUUAGAUGCAUCUGAGCUCAGUGGUAGUGGCGUUGGCAGCAGUGUGCGCGCUGGCGCCGGGCGCGGCCGCGUCGCCGGCCCCCGCGCACCACGUGGCGCGCCGCUCCUUCUUCAAGCUGCAAUGCAAGGGCAUCUACGACGCCUCCAUCUUCGCCCGCCUCGACCGCAUCUGCGACGACUGUUACAAUCUCUUCCGGGAGCCCUCUCUAUACAACCUCUGCAGGAAAGACUGUUUCACGACAGAUUACUUCAAGGGCUGCGUUGAAGUGCUGCAAGAAACUGACCAGCUCGAACUCUUCAAGGAGUACAUUAAAAAGUUACACGGGGCCGAUCCAAAGAUUUAGGCAGGAAUGUUUUCAGUCAAAAUACUUCGAUGGUUGUGUGGAGACUCUGCUACUCACUGACGAAAAGGAGGAAAUUGAACAACUUGUCGACUACCUCGGCAAACGCUAAGCUGCCAGCUCGCCGGACACCUCGCGAACAUAUAGACCGAGUAGCAACGACCGUCGCAGAGUGGACAACGACCAUCGCAUCAGUCACCGUGACUCCACCGCUUCGCCAACAAAAAGCAGAAACGACUGUCGACUUCCUCCGCCACCGACAUCUGCUUUCUAUCCUCAACGUAUUCUAGUCUUUACCGCGACAUAAAAAUUAUUUAUGUUUGCAACUAAUUGUAAUAUUAUCGUAAUUUGUGUUAGAUAAUUUGUAUACAAUGUUAGGGAUAUUUGUGUAUUUAAUAGUUUAGAUGGAUAUAUGCAAAUUUUUGUAUUAGUUGUUGGCUUCUAACUAGCUACAGAUGUGUAAAGUACAUUAAACAUUUCUUUUUUAUUUUAUACUAAUAGACUUUUUAAAUUUUUCACAUAAAUGUAGACAGACUAUAUUCCGGUUCGAUGCUGGCCAUCUCAUCCGAUCUGUUUUUGGAAAAAAAAACUAAAAAAGAACAAUAUUAUCCGACUGAAGUCAUUUUAAUUACAUUGCGCAUUCCAAGCACAGUAUUUAAAAACGCUUUUUACUUUUAGAUUUUGAUUUCUUACUAACAUCGCCUUUUAUAACUGACGGUAUUAAAUUAUGUAUUAUAUUAUGAUUUAGUGUUAAUAGGCUUGUAAAUAUAUUAAUCGAACGAACAAAAUAAACGGUUUACAUUAAAUUCAACGAUGUCGUCUAAGCUUGUUUGUAUAAAAUUGUUUUUUUCCUAUUGCAUUGGACGCAUUUAUAAUCUUUGACAAAAAACUUAAGAGGAACAAUUAAUUCGAAAUUUAAAAGACAACUUAUUGAAUUUAAUGUACAACAUGUUGUAAUAGAAUUUUUUUUUUAAUAUUUAGUUUUAAUUGCACAUUUUGUAUUUAAUGCAUCACAUAUGCUUAUAUUAUCUGAGCCAUAUUGGUAACUAUCGCAUCAACGAAGCAAAGAUUAUGCUUUACUAAUUACGAAAUGUUAACAACCUUUUUGGUAAGUGUUGACAGUGACUGGCAACACUAUAGAACAAUUUAGUCUGUGGUAUCUUCUUUGCUUCGAUCAGUUUUGGUUGUAUCUGCGAAGUUCAGUUUUAAGCGAUAUAUUAUACAAUUUAAUUAGUUUUUAAGUAUUUAUAAAGAUUUAUUUUUUUGUAUACUUUCGAACUAUUUAUUAUUUUGUUACUUUUAACGGUUUAUUUAUUAUGAAAGAAAUAAACCGGUAUUGCAUGCGACCGUACCAGUGAUUACGUAAAAAUUAUCUUUCCUCGUUCGUGUAUUUCUGAUAUAUUCUGUAAGUUGCGGUUUAUACUUACUUUUCUAUAUAUUAGUUUCGCCAAAACUCUUCUCUGUGUUCGAAUCUCAGCUAUUUAUAGAUUUCUUUUAGCGUUUCUUAACCUUUACCUGUUGUAUUACAGAUUAUAAAAUUUAAAACUCGAUUUUAUGACAAAUUGUAAUGAACCACAUCUGCCAUGUGUUAAAAAUGGUGCCAAUAGUUGACCCAAGAAACUAGUUUUAACGAAUUUAACUAAUAUUUAGACUUGUUAUAACAAUUUAUAGGACCUGUGAAGAUAUUUUAUAAAAAAAAUUAUAAAAAAAAAUAUUGAAUUAGUGAAAUAUUAUUCUAUUUGUAUAAAUUUUAUAUAAAACAGCUAAGAAACGCUACGGGUUCCACGAAAUAUAUUACAUUUUGAAAACGA